AUGAGUAAACAAGACUUGCUGAGAAUUCAGAGUUGUAUUCUCAAGGUUAAUAUUCACUGCGAUGGCUGUGAGCAAAAAGUAAAGAAACUGCUGCACAAAAUCGAUGGGGUUUAUUCUGUGAGUGUAGAUGCAGAUAAAGGGAAAGUGGUAGUGGUAGGCGAUGUGGAUCCAGCCAAACUAGUGAAAAAGCUGAAGAGGGCAGGGAAGCAUGCCGAGAUUUGGGGUGGCCAGAAAGGUAUCAUGAACAAUCAAAACUAUCCCUUCAAUCACCAAUUUUUGGACUUGCAAGUUGGUGAUGGCACAGGGGAAAAGGACAACAAGUCUCAGGGCAAGAAGGGUAAGAAAAAUAGUGGGGGAGGUGGUCAAGGUCAACUAGCACACUUACAAAAUAUUAAAGGAGCUCAGGAUUUUAAGGUACCCGCCAAAGAACAUAAAUCUGUCCAGUUCAGCUUACCGGAGGUGGAAUUUGAUGCCAUUGAUGAUGGUUUUGAUGAAUAUGAUGUCAAUUUUGAUGAGCAUGAAGAGGAAAGAUAUGGCCAUGCUAUGCCUAUGCAUAACAAGAUGAUGCCAAUGAUGGGGGAUGGGCGUGGGCCUGCUGGGCCUACUGGCAUGAUAAUAAAUGGGCCUGCCAGGAAUAAACAUAUGGACAAUGGUGGUGGGGGUAGGAAUAAUGGAAGUGCCAAGAAAGGUGAUGUCAUUGAUCAGGCAAUGCUAAUCAAGGGCAAAGGUGGAAAUUACAUUGAAGCUGAAAUUGGGAAUAAAGGAGGAAGGAAAUGUAGUGGGGACCAAAAGGGUAUAAACAACAAGGGGAACAAGCCUAAGCCAAAAAAUGCUAAAAGUGAUGGUGGAUUACUAGGUUGGUUUCUAGGCUUUGGAAAAAAGGGCAAGAAGGGAGAAGAAUCAUCUGAGAAGAACAAGAUCAAUAUCAAUAGUAAAGGCAAGGAGGGGAAAAAAAUUGGAGGGAAAUUGGAGGACCAUAGUAAUAAUAUUAUGAGUAAAAUUGAUGUUGGUUUUCAUGAUCUUGAUGAUAGCCCUCCUCCUCUUAAAAAUGGCAAAACCGGUAAUAAGGGCAGUAAUACCAAUGUGGGCCCAAUGGGUAAUAAUCAGAUAGGGAAUAUUCCGGCAGUGCAAGGACUUCCGGCGACGAACGGUGGUGGUGGGUAUUAUCAAGGAAUGCAAAUGCAGCCUUCCCCGUAUAACCUUCAGCAGCAACAAUACAUGGGUAUGACGAUGAACCCACAACAACAGCAUCAGCAAGCAAAUAUGAAUGGCAUGUACCCAACAGUGUCACCCAUCAUGUAUGGCAGGCCACAUCCAUCUAUGAACUACAUGCCACCACCUCCUAUGCCGUCUCACCCCAUGGCCGAUCCUAUCACGCAUACUUUCAGUGAUGAGAACGUUGAGAGUUGCAUUAUCAUGUGA